CGAGGAUAACCUUUGAUCGCGCCAUGACAGUUUUAGUAUUAUUUGUUUGGGCCCUGAAAGUUUUUACAUCAAACUGUGAUAAAUAUGUUAUGUAAUAUUGUGGUGUUAAAAAAAUGUUGACUUUCAAACUGUGCAAGUUCCAUUUCUUAUAUCUCAUAUCUUAAACAAGUGAACAACAUUUGAAUAGUCGGUAUUUUUGACGGCAAAAGAUGACGCUAGUAGAUGAAAGAAGUUGCCUUAGCAACGCCGAUUAUAUUGUUAUGGUACAUUGUAGGAAUAAUCAUCUGUAGAUGCUCAUAGUUGGCUAUGUCUUUAUGGACAGGAGACAUCCAUGUUGGCACGGGUAUAAAUCUACCACGCAAGCCCAACAUGGAAACCGAAUCAGUACGUUCUUGUUAUAGCGAACAGUCAUCUCGAUCAAGACGCAGCAGAGCCCAUAGUACUCAUGGUGGAUCGAAUCAUCAUGGCAGCCGUAGUAGGCCCAAACAUUUACAUCGAACUCCAAAAAAUGAUCGUUCCCAUAAUUCAACACUUGCAAGCAAAUGCAGUAAUGGCAAUGAUAGCAGAACUGAGGAAUUCAUAGAGGUACAGAUUUUAUCACAAGAUGACAACUGGGGUGAUAACACAACUGCUAUUACUGGGAAUACCAGUGACCAUUCUGGGUCAUUGGAUGACAUAUCGAAACUCAACAGAGAUUAUGAAACCAGCCUUAGUUUUUACUGCCACAUGUGGGUUGGAACCGUCUUCACAACACUUUUAUCCUUUUGUGCCUUUGUUUCACCUAUAGUCAUGAUUAUUCUGCCUAAGGUUGAAGCACUAGAUUGGAAAGUGCAAAAGUGUGGACCAGAAUGUGAUGGACUUUUAAUAAGUUUAUCAUUUAAACUUUUAAUUCUUUUAUUUGGAUCAUGGGCUUUAUUUUUCAGAAGGCCAAAGGUCACUCUUCCUAGAAUAUUUAUUUAUCGUGCAAUUGUUUUAGCAUUGAUGAUAGUUUUUACAUUCGCUUACUGGCUUUUUUAUGGAGUCCGAAUCAUCGAAAAACGUCAUGAUGAUUACCAUAGCAUUGUUUUAUUUGCUGUUUCUUUGGUUGAUACAUUAUUGUUUAUUCAUUAUCUUGCUGUUGUUUUAAUUGAGCUGCGACAACUAAAUACUCAGUAUUUUGUGAAAGUGGUUCGUUCUCCAGAUGGAGAAAGCCAUUGCUACACCAUUGGACAACUGAGCAUCCAAAGAGCUGCAGCUUUAAUAUUAGAAUAUUAUUAUAGGGAUUUCUCAAUCUAUAAUCCAUACCUGGAAACAAUACCAACAAAAUCACGCAAGUCAGCGCCUGGUUUUAAAAUGUAUGAUGUGGAUAAUGUGCCUAAUAGUCCUAUGAAUUGCACAAAUCGUAGUGUUGUUGGAAGUGACAUUCAUCGACGAGACUCUAGUCACAAUGAACGCUUUUAUGAAGAGCAUGAGUAUGAACGAAGAGUGAGGAAGCGGAGAGCAAGAUUGAUAUCUGCUGCAGAAGAAUCUUUUACGCACAUUAAAAGGCUACAAGAUGAACAAGGUCCUGCCAUACCCAUGGAUCCUUCUGAAGCUGCCCAAGCUAUAUUUCCAUCCAUGGCAAAACCCCUUCAAAAAUUCUUACGCAUAACACGACAACAGCCUCGACACACUAUGCAAUCCAUUCUUGACCACUUAGCACUAUGCCUCAGUCAUGAUCUGAGUCCCAAAGCCUUCCUUGAGAAAUACCUAGUGUCAUCUCCUGUUCUACAGAAUGAUCGAGAACAUCGUCCAAGCCAGACUUGGGCUUUGGUUUGUGACACUCUACUUUCUCGGCCCAUAGAAGCAGGUUGCAUUUUCAUGCUUCGACAAAAUGACAUUUCAUUGCUAGUUACUAUCUCACGUUUGCCUCAUCUAUGCAUCACUGAAGAAGUCAUUGACCCAAAAAGCAAUAAAUUUGUUCUGCGUUUGAACUCUGAAACUUCUGUAUAAGUUUUCAUUUAUCAAACAUAUAUGCAGACUAUGCAUUUAUAGCAUAUCAGGUAAUUUUAACAAGACCAACAAUGGUGUUAGGUGCUUUAAUUUAUGACUUACUGUAUAUUUAAGUGGUAGUUUUUAAGUUGUUGGUUCCAGCGGUGCCUCAUAGAAAUGAAAUGUAUAUAAUUUUCUUUUUAAUUAUGGACUAUUAUGACAAAGAACUUAUUAAGAGAUUGUUUUAAGAAGGCCAUAUUUAUUGAUGAUAAUUAUAACCUAUGUACGCCUUUUUUUUUCAAUCAAGCAUUUCAGUUAGUAAUAAGAAUCAUAUUUUUUCUUACAUGCAAUAAUAAUAAGAACUAACAAGUUCUUUAAAAAAGUGAAAAAAAUCUUGAUUUUCAUUGGCAUUCUUCACUCAAAUUUCAUCGAUUCCACAGCAAUGCCUUUUAAAAUUAUUUAUUUCAUGUAAAUAACGAAAUAUUUAGGUGUAAGGCUCUAGAAGCUUAAAUUGUCAUGCUAUUUAUUUUGAUAUUGAGUAAAUAUCUGUGGACAGAUUUACUUCAAGAGUUUUAAAUGUGAGCAAGUUUAAUACAUAUUUAAAUAGUAUUUGAAUGAAAUGGAGUGCCUCAUUAAAAAAAAUCUCUGUACUACAGUUUUUGUGAUAAAUAAUUUUUUUUUUCUCAUUAUAAAUCUGUAUGUGGUUUUUAAAUUUAUUUUUUAGAAUCUUUUAAGUUUGACUUGAUUUAGACUCGAGUGCAAAAUCGAUAUUUAUUAAUGAAAAUCAAAAAUAAUAAAUAUUAUUAUUAAGUGCUGGCUGUAAAAUCUAUAUUUUUUAUGAUAAAUUUUCUUGUUAAAUUUCCAUUAAUUUUUAUUUAACCAAGUCUCUAAAAUGCAUGAUUUUUAGAUAUAAUAAUAAAUUUAGAAAUCCUUUUUUCUUUAUGCAAUUGAAGAAUUUUUGUAUAGAUUUUUUUUUCAAGUACAAUAAAGUUAUUUAAUACUUAAUUUUAGUUAAUUUGCCACUGUCUUUCAACUGAGCAAUAAAUAUUUUACUCUUUUUCUACUAAGCUAGAAAUAUUAUAAGCAUAUCUUGUUAUCGUAUUACAUUCUCAUUGCUUUUAUAAAAAUGGUGUCUAACAUUAAAAUUCUUAUAUUUUUCCAAUUCUGGAGUUUCAGUGGUGGUGCUUGUAAGGAAUAUGUUUUUCUUCUUAAAAGGUAAAUUUGACAAAGUGUAUUAAAUAAAACUGUUAAUCAAAUGAUAUGCAAAAUGUAUUCUGUAUUGUCUAAAAAGUAUUUGAUAUUGAAAAAUAAGUGAUUCUGUUCGUGCUGCUAUUGUGAUUUGUGCUAAUAAUAUUGUGAAAAUUUUACUGUUCUACUUCGAAAGAAAUAUUGAUAAAAUUUAUACUCAAGAAAUAUUUAUAUCCACUGGUAUAAAAAGUUGAGUUAUUGCUUUUAAAAUUUUGGUUUUGAAUGUGUUUAUACAUAGCAUAUCUUUUAACAAAAUAGUUUCGUUUUUGUUUAUUCUAAAUGGAGAUAUCACUUUUUAUUUAAAAACUUAUUAAAGAAAAUAAGAUUUUUUAAAAAUUUUGUUUUGAGUAUAUUAAAGUAUUCCUUAAUUCUUUGUUAUUGUAUGUAUAAAUCCUCCCCCCCCCCUUAUUAAAUUGAAUAGAUAAAUACUGUUAGUAUAAUUGUAAUGGAAAUUUUGAACAUAAACUAUUUUGGCAGAUUUAUUUUAUUUAAUAGUUCAAAAAUAUUUUUGAGUUGUCUAAUUUAUUUCAUGAAUUAGUUUCUCUAAAAGUUUUCAAUAUUCAUAGGAUAAAUAUAUAAAUGGUAUUUUUUCAGCAUUACUGAGUGAGAAUGAAAUGCUAUGAUAUUUUGCAUAUUUGUAUUAUUUGUUGCUAGAAUAAUUUUUUUAUUUUUUUAAUUCUGCCUUUACAUAUUCUACCAAUUUUUUAAUGUUACAGGUCUUAAUUUUACCCUUAAAUAAAAUUACUGGAAUGACACUGUAUGAUGACAAAUUAACUUUUUGUUACCACUUAAAAG